GGCGCGGUCUCAGGCGGCUUCGGCAUUAAAACAGACAAAUAUAGAGCCGCUUCUCACUUCAUACAGCAAACUGCAAACACGUCUCCAACAAACACAUCGGCAUGGGCAACUGGGUUGUUAACCAUGGACUGUCGUCUCUUAUCCUGGUGGUCUGGAUGGGAAUCAAUAUAUUCAUCUUUGUUUACUUUUACUUCUUCUAUGACCUGGGACCGCAGUUUAUUUACACACGGCACCUCCUCGGAUCUGCGCUGGCGUGGGCAAGGGCACCAGCGGCCGUCUUGAAUUUUAACUGCAUGCUGAUCUUGCUCCCAGUCUGCCGAAACCUGCUGUCCUUCGUCAGAGGAUCCUGUGUGUGUUUCCACAGGUCCAUGAGGAAGCAGCUGGAUAAGAACCUGUCUUUUCACAAGCUGGUGGCUUAUAUGAUUGGUCUGAUGACAGCUGUCCACACCAUUGCUCACUUGCUGAACCUGGAAUGGCUAAACAACAGCAGGCAGGGCGAUUACGACACCCUCAGCACGGAGCUAUCAGAGAUUGGAGACCACAGUAACGAAACCUUCCUCAACCCCAUCCGCUCCCCUACCACGACACCCUCGUACGUGGCCUUCACCACCAUCGCUGGGAUCACCGGCGUCAUCAUCACGCUGUCCCUCAUCCUCAUCAUCACCUCGUCCAUGGAGGUCAUCCGCCGCAGCUACUACGAGGUCUUCUGGUACACCCACCACCUCUUCAUCAUCUUCUUCGCAGGGCUCGUCUUCCAUGGGGCCGGGCGUAUUGUUCGGUCUCAGACGCAAGACAGCAUGUCUGAACACAACGUCACCUACUGUAAGGAUCGCCCUCUGGACUGGGGGAAGAUCCCGGAAUGCCCUGUGCCCCAGUUCGCAGGAGGGGCGCCAGGGACCUGGAUGUGGGUUCUGGGGCCCAUGGUUCUCUAUGUGUUUGAAAGAAUCCUCCGCCUCUACCGAUCACUGCAGAAAGUCCUUCUCAGAAAGACGGUGAUCCACCCCUACAAUGUGCUGGAGUUGCAGAUGCAGAAGAAGAACUUCAGCAUGGAGGUGGGUCAGUACGUGUUCCUGAACUGCCCUUCCAUCUCCCAGCUGGAAUGGCACCCCUUCACCUUGACCUCGGCCCCGGAGGAGGACUUCUUCAGCGUGCACAUCCGCUCCAUGGGGGACUGGACCAGGGAUCUCAUCAGCAAGGUCAACGAGGCGGAGAAGGUGGGGUUCCUGCCCAGGAUUGCAGUGGAUGGGCCCUUUGGCACAGCUAGCGAGGAUGUCUUUGAUUACGAGGUCAGCAUGCUGGUUGGCUGUGGAAUUGGGGUCACGCCCUUCGCCUCCAUUCUCAAGUCCAUCUGGUACAAAUUCAAGGAGUCCAACCAAAAACUGCGAACAAAAAAGAUCUAUUUCUACUGGCUGUGCCGGGAGACCCAUGCCUUUGAGUGGUUCGCAGACUUGUUGCAUUCACUGGAGGGAGAGAUGGAGGAGAGGGGGAUGCACAACUUCCUCAGCUACAAGCUCUUCCUCACUGGCUGGGAUCACAGCCACGCUGCUCAUGUGAUGGUACACUUUGAUAAAGACACAGAUGUCGUUACUGGACUCAAACAGAAAACGCAUUACGGGAGGCCAAACUGGGAGAAGGAAUUUGAGGAUAUACGCAACGCCCACCCCACGUCUACUGUUGGAGUGUUCUUGUGUGGCCCGCAGGCCCUGGGAAAGACACUGGAAAGCUGCUGUGCCAGAUACUCGGACGUGGAUCCUCGCAAGGUCCGAUUUUACUUCAACAAAGAGAACUUCUGAUCUGGUCGAACUAGCUCCGAGAUCCAGAAACAGAUCAGGAGGAUUCAUCUGGACACUCAUACUAGGACAAUAGUGUCAAUUAAAGAAAAACUGCUCUCCUGCAAACAUUUAGAGGGAAUCUUGCCUUACUCAAUUGGCUGUAACACCGCUGUGACACCUGAACUUUCAAUCACUGCUGACUAUACCCUUUAUCUCUAAUCAAAGAAAGUUUCCAGCACUGCUCAAGAGUGGGGUGGGAUUACAGGAAUCUCUAAGAAUCAGAAAUCCCAUUGAAGAAAUGCCUUGCCCUCUUUCUAGCCCUGGGCUCUGGUUGAGCCUGCAUUACAAGCCUAGACUUACUUUUCUUGGAGUGGGAUGAUAGGAUAAUUAUGGAAGCAAAACACCAGUAAGACUUGGGAUUGUGACAAUGCAUCAAUACUGUCACACUCACUCUUAGAAAGAGAAGGGUAGCCUAAAAAUAGAAAGGGCUUGUUUUUCAAAAUAUGUGAAAAGGUCUUUCUUAGGCCUUUUGUCUCUUGAGACCAGGGUUCAAUAUUAACAACAAACUAGUAUUUCAGUUUCAGGAUUUGGACUAUCGUACUGCUGGAAAGUAACUUUUUAAUUGUUUUAAUGUACGGUACAAUGUGUAUACUAAUUUCUGUAAAAUGUAAUUGUUUAAGAUUAAAUGUCCAACUUUUUUUUCCUCAAA